ACAGAGUAUACUUUAUUUUGAUCAUCACUGAAAACUUCGAUUGGGCGAUGAUGCGGUGGAAAAGACGCCACCACCAACACCAGAAAUGAGAUCUUGCAUGGAUUUGAAAGAUAACGGGAAAACAACAAGUGGAUUUUAUCACAUCAAACCUGACGAUGAUUUCGAACCGAUUGAGACCUACUGCGACAUGUCCACUGACGGAGGAGGGUGGACGUUGGUUGCCAGUGUACAUGAAAAAGAUAUAAAGGGCAAAUGUGACAUUGAUGAUCGUUGGACUACUUUUUCAACCGGCGCAUAUGUUGAAACCGCCUGGGCAAACAAAAAAGUGUUUGGUGAUGUCAUGAACUGCACUGAUGAUGAUUACAAAAAUUCUGCAUACUUUUUUUCUAACGCAAAGGACGUAAUGAUAUGGCACGUCCCACCAGAACCAUCAAAUAAAACGAUGGAAAUGAGAGCAACACUCCGAUACAGAACAACGGAUAAUUUUCUACACACAACUGGUGGGAAUUUAAAAUCACUGUUUGGAGAGAGAUAUCCGCUGCAAUUUGAUGCUGAUUAUCAGUGGUUGUGA